AUGCAUAUGAGCAUCGAUCACGGCCCAUCGACUAGGAAGGAAGAAAUCUUAAGCUGCUGGCGCUUCUUCGUCUUCGCUCCCGGGACGGAGAAGCCUUCCGAAAGCCCAGCGUCUCCUCUUUCACCCAACCCCAUGGAAAGUAUCCCAAAAAAAAGCGCUGUUCCUUUUUUCUUUUUUUUUUGCGCGGGUACGAGCCAAGAAAGACAAGGGACAAGGGGGGGUUAA